UCCCUCACACAUUCUCUUCUUUCUUUUCUCUACCUACCUCCUUUCCUCUCUCACUCAACGCCUUCACCAAAAAAGGAAAAUCACUCACUUUUGCAUGGCUAAUAAAUACACGCCGAAGAACAUCCUCAUAACCGGAGCUGCUGGCUUCAUUGCCUCCCAUGUCUGCAACCGUCUCAUCCGCAACUACCCAGACUACAAAAUUGUGGUCCUUGACAAGCUUGAUUACUGCUCAAGCUUGAAGAACCUGGACCGUUCACGCUCAUCUCCCAACUUCAAGUUCAUCAAGGGAGAUAUUGCAAGUGCUGAUCUGGUUCAUUUUAUCCUACAGACUGAAUUCAUUGAUACCAUCAUGCACUUUGCAGCCCAGACUCAUGUUGACAACUCCUUCGGUAACAGUUUUGAGUUCACCAAAAACAACAUUUAUGGAACUCAUGUUCUCCUGGAAGCUUGCAAAGUCACUGGCCAAAUCAAGAGGUUCAUCCAUGUAAGCACGGAUGAGGUUUACGGCGAGACGGAUGAAGAUGCUGUGGUGGGAAACCAUGAGGCUUCUCAGCUCCUCCCGACCAACCCAUAUUCCGCCACUAAAGCCGGAGCAGAGAUGCUGGUGAUGGCUUAUGGACGCUCAUAUGGUCUGCCUGUGAUAACUACACGAGGGAAUAAUGUUUAUGGGACCAAUCAGUUCCCUGAAAAACUGAUUCCCAAGUUCAUCCUACUGGCAAUGAAUGGAAAGAUUCUUCCAAUUCAUGGGGAUGGAUCAAAUGUGAGGAGUUAUCUGUAUUGUGAGGAUGUUGCAGAGGCCUUUGAAGUCAUUCUACACAGAGGUGAAGUUGGCCAUGUGUACAAUAUAGGCACAAAGAAAGAAAGAAGAGUGUUUGAUGUGGCCAGGGAUAUUUGCAGGCUGUUUAACUUGGAUCCUGAAAGCCAGAUCAAGUUUGUGGAGAAUCGUCCUUUCAAUGACCAAAGAUAUUUCUUGGAUGAUCAAAAGCUGAAAAGCUUGGGAUGGUAUGAAAGAACCACAUGGGAGGAAGGUCUCAAGAAAACUAUGGAAUGGUAUGUUAGCAACCCUGAUUGGUGGGGUGAUGUCUCUGGUGCGCUGCUACCCCAUCCUAGAAUGCUCAUGCUGCCUGGAAUUGAAAGGCAAUUCAAUGCCCCUGAUUCGAGCAAUUCAGGUUUAGGUUCGGCCCCUGUGACAAACAAGUUCAAUCAAAGCAGGAUGUUGGUUCCAUCUCCAAAGCACAAUAUACCAUCUCAAAAGCCAUCUCUCAAGUUUUUGAUUUACGGCAGAACAGGUUGGAUAGGGGGACUUCUUGGGAAGCUCUGUGAGAAACAAGGCAUACCUUUCGAGUACGGGAAAGGGAGGUUGGAGCAACGUUCACAGCUUUUGGAUGAUAUCCAAACUGUUAAGCCAACCCAUGUGUUCAAUGCAGCUGGUGUGACGGGUAGACCAAAUGUGGAUUGGUGUGAAACUCAUAAGCCCGAAACCAUAAGAACCAAUGUUGUUGGUACAUUAACCUUGGCUGACAUCUGUAGGGAACAUGACCUCCUCAUGAUCAAUUAUGCUACUGGUUGUAUCUUUGAAUAUGAUGCCACUCAUCCUUUAGGAACCGGAGUCAGUUUCAAGGAGGAAGAUAAGCCCAAUUUCACUGGUUCCUUCUAUUCAAAAACCAAAGCCGUGGUUGAAGAGCUUUUGAGGGAAUUUGACAAUGUAUGCACACUCAGAGUUCGGAUGCCUAUAUCCUCAGAUCUGAGCAACCCACGGAACUUUAUCACAAAGAUCACUCGAUACAACAAGGUGGUUGACAUUUCCAACAGCAUGACCAUAUUAGAUGAGCUUCUACCAGUUUCAAUAGAGAUGGCCAAAAGGAACUUGAGGGGCAUAUGGAACUUCACAAACCCUGGUGUUGUGAGCCACAAUGAGAUACUGCAAAUGUACAAGGACUACAUUGACCCAAAUUUCAACUGGGUUAAUUUCAGCUUGCAAGAACAGGCCAAGGUCAUUGUUGCACCCAGGAGCAACAAUGAACUCGAUGCAUCUAAGCUAAAGAAUGAGUUCCCUGAGUUACUGUCUAUCAAGGAUUCACUCAUCAAAUAUGUCUUUGAACCCAACAGGAAAACCUUUGCUUGGGAACUCUCAAACUAAGAACCAUAACCAUAAGCCUCCUCAUCCAGGUGGUGUUGUUUGUUAUUAUUAUAAUUUGGCCAUUGUCUAAGGUGGCUUGUUACACCCCCCCCAUGUACUUGGGGUUUUAUGUUGUUGUCGACCACUGAAUAAAGUUACUUUAUUAUUGUACUCCA